AUGAAUAAGCGCCAGGACAAUGUACUGAUAAACAUCGGCGUAGACAAGUUUGCAAAAGAGCUGGAGGAAACAAGAAUUUCAAUUCCAUGUGCCACAGAUCCGUACAAGCUUAUCUCUCAGGUUUACUACAAUGUGGAGAACAACUGCGAGAUAGUAGUCGCCGGCGGCGCAUCAGAAAAGAGAAAAAAGAAACUCACCCGUGCACUGCAUGCGAGAAUAUACGAGUUUCUGCACCAAAAGUGUCUGACGUUCAGCCACAGCUACUACAAAAGCAUCGAGAAAGGCAGCAAAAAGAACAUUGCAAGGCGGGUCUUGCAAAAGAAAAGAGGGCAGCUAGUGCACAGAAUAGACCAAAACAACCAAGAGCUGGAAGAAGUCCCUCUCAUAUCUCUGGAGCUGGAUGGCUUUAUGAAGAUGCUUGCGGAUCUCCCAGAGAAGAAUACCCACUGCCCCAGGCCAUGCAGAGUCUCUGUAUAA